ACAUGCAAAGUUUCUGAACCCCACCUCUAUAAAUUUUUUUAAAAAGAUCAGAACUUAAGUUUCUUCAACCUCAUCAACACAGCAAACAGCUAGCACUCUCAAUGCUUUUUCAAAGGCUUGUUUGGUGCACAUCCUCGCAGGAAAGAUGACAAAGUGAUCAGGAAAGGAAGUAAAAGAGCAAAAGAAGGAAGGGAAAGUAAAGGAAUUUUUUCUUUUUUAGUUCUCUUGAAGCUGGCGGGCAUCGAUUGAAGUGUUUUACAGACGGCCAUCACUAGCGUAGCAAAUGAUGGCUGGAAACCCUAACUGGUGGAGCAUUCAUCCACCAUCUCUCUUUCCUCAAUAUGCGCACCUUGGAUCUUCUUCACUUUCUUUGAAUCCUUUGGCAGAUAACCAAGAGCCUCAGCAGCCAUGGAGCCAACUACAAUUAGCAAAAUCUUCGGCAGGCGACGACGAAAGGUUUGGUCUGAGUAAUUUUCAUAAUAAAAAGUUAGAAAUUUGGGAGGACCAAAUCUUAAAUCCGUCUCCAAGGGUACCUGUUCUUGAUGAAAUUCUAAAGCAAGAGGUUUCCCAAAACAACUUGUACGAUCAUGGAGAGGAAGAAUUUCACGCACCUAGAUCAUCAGCUUGGUCACAAAUCAUGCCAGUUUCUUCCCCGAGGUCAUAUGUCACCAGUUUCACUAAUAACCAUAUAUUUGACAUCUCUUAUAACAAGGUGAAAGGCAGAAAUUAUCAACAUCCAGAUCAUCCAUCUGAGAUUGCUAGCACUACCGCUGGUGGGAGAUUUAAGAAGGCUAGGAUUCAGUCCUCUUCAAGCCAACCACCUCUAAAGGUGAGAAAGGAGAAGCUAGGUGAUAAAAUAACAGCACUUCACCAGCUAGUUUCCCCAUUCGGAAAGACUGACACUGCUUCUGUUUUGUUAGAAGCAAUGGGGUAUAUCAGAUUCCUUCUGGGUCAAAUUGAGGCUCUCAGCUCCCCUUACUUGGGCAAUACAUCAAAAGACCCGAGGAACCAGCAGUGUGAUACCCAAGAUCUAAUUAAUAAGCCAAAGGACCUGAGGAAUAGAGGGUUGUGCUUGGUUCCUACGUCUUGCACUCAGCACGUAGGAAGUGAGAAUAAUGGUGCUGAUUAUUGGGCUCCGACUUUCGGCAGUGGGUUUUGAGAGAUACAUAUAUAGGCAGCGUACGUGUACCUUGCCAGUGCAUGCAUGCAUUGAACUUAAUUAUAAUUAACAUGGAAUUAAUUAUGGUAUAACAUCAAGAGCAGUUAGUUGGCAUGCAAUAAUCUAAGGCUCAUGCGUACUUCUCGUAAUGCUAUGCAUGCAUUAAUUCUACAUUCGCGCGAAGAGUUAACACACUUUAGCAGUAUUACUUCCAGUUAACACUUAA